GGGCAGAUAAAAAGAGAGCUCUAAUGUACCUAAGUCUCUCUCUAAGGUCUUCAGGGAUUAUCAUUCAAUUUUUAAAUUCUCGUAUACGAGCCCUAAUUUGUCCCACUCAAUAAAAUCCGCCAAUUCGUCCCACUGACUAAAAACCACCAAUUCGUCCCACUGAAUAAAAAUCCCCAGUUCGUCCCAUUGAAUAAAAAUACCAAUUCGUCCCAAUGAACAAAAACCACUAAUUCGUCCCACUGGAUAAAAUCCCCAAUUCGUCCCACUGACUAAAAAUCCCAAUUCGUCCCAACCUCAAUUCGUCCCACCCCAAAAAUUAAAACAAAAUUCUCACUUGAUUGGUAAAUUUUUGUGGGCACAAAUUGCACGAAAAAAUGGGUUGUUGUAAUUGUUCAUUAUUUUGAUUAUUAAUUAUUCCAUUACAAUUUAAAAAGGCAGAAAAUAAAUUUUUAUUUUGUUGUUGUUGUUUUUGUAUUGCUAAUAAAUAAUUUAAACGAUUUAAAUUUAAUUGUUGUUGUUGUAAGGGGGGUAAUUGUUGUUGGUGGGGUAUUGGGGGUAUAUUAAUUGAUGGGGAAGGUUGGUAAAUUAUUGGAGAGGAAGUUGGAGGUUUUGAAUUUAUUGGAGAUGAAGAUAUUGAAACGUUUAAAGCCUUUAAAAUGGAAAGGGGAAAGAAUUAAAAUUUAAAAAAAUUUAUUGGGUUGAUGGUUAAUUUCGAAACUAUCUGGAGCCCAUAAAACAAUCAAAUGGGAACCUAAAAAUGUAAAAUUUUGUAUUGAUAACACUGAUUGGAGUUUUUAUGUUCCUUAAAAAUUGAGAAUUUGAUCCCUAAGGACUACUCCGACAUUUUCAAGUAAACUAGUAAAUACUCAUUAAGAUUAAAGAUACAACUCAUUCUUACUAUAAAAGCCCCGACAUCCUAUUCAUUUCCACCGACCCUACAAAACAAUCAUCACAUCUCUUCAAACGUCUACAUCGUCUACAACACUCUACAUGCUCUGCCUUCUUCCAUUGGAGCUCGACACCGGACCCUGGACCAAGAAGCCGUCAACGCUGUGCUCUCUGCUGCUGCUGCUCACCAUCGCCGCACUUGCAGUUCUUGGACAGGACAAAAGCGAAGAAGUCGGAUUCGGCAAGCACACAAAGGAUGGCAACAAAGUGACGCUCGCCGACGACACCGUAAUUGCCAACAGGGCAAACAUCGACGACCUUGCUGAUUGUAACUUCAGGAAGCUGUAUCCGGACGCCUGCGAUGUUAUAAUCGAAGACGACUACAUCGAGCUUCGGUACAACUAUGGCAGCAAAGGAUGCACUGUGGAUCUUCUCAGCAGGGACGAGUCAAACAGCAACACCAUCAAGUUCACGGCCGGAGUGCGGGACCGAAAAGGAAGACUCAACAAAUGCCUCGACGAUGUUGCCAAUUUCGACAAAAGUUAUAAUAAUAUCCUGCCUUUCGUCUACAGCGUGAACAACAAAGACAUCGAAAAGCUCAAUAAUCGCCAGUACGAUGGAUCUGGCGCAGAUUGCAACAAAGAAAUGUGUUUUACAUGCAUGCCGCCGACAUCACUUGAAGUUUCAUGGAGCGGAGGUAUGGGACAAGUCUAUGCCUUCACACAUCUAAGUGAGUUUAUUUUUUAA